AGUUAAAAAAAGCUAUAUAGUAAAAUAUCAGAAUCAGAAAUUGUGUUAAGUUGGUGAUAGAAAAUAAAUUACUUAUUACAAUUCAGAGAAACCGCUACAUACGUUGAUUACGUUGUGAUACGUUAACAAAGUUUGCAUUAAAAUGGCAGACAAGAGGAAAACUAAAAAACGUAAAGAGAAAAAAAAGGUUUGAUAGAUUUUAUUUUUCUCUUAGUAGUUAGUUUUUUUUAAUCAAAAAUUUCUUUAAUAUUUUGCACACAUUUUUCACAAUAUAGUUUGCCAUUAAAUCUAUAAAAAACCUUAUUAUUUUCCUAACGCACGUUUACGUUAGUUUUUAGUUAGUAUGUAGACAAUAAUUUUGUGUUCUUUCUUCUUAGAUAAUUGGGUAUGAUUUUUAAAAGCACAUAUCAUUAACUUUAUUUAGAAAUCAGUAAAAGCUUAAUAUUUACCUAGGAAGUGAAUUUAUGUUGCUUUAGAUGGUAGUUUAUGGGUUGUAAAGGUUUAAAAUAAAUUUAUUUUAAUCAUUAAAGAAAAGUUCCAUUCCUCAAUUUUGUGAGAAAUAAAUAUAGCAACAUUAACACAUAAUAUUAGGUUUUAAAAAUUGCUGCAGUAGAUAUAUAUAUGAAAUAUAUUAUUAUAAUAUAUUAAUGUUGAUUAAAAGUUUUUUAAUUGAUAAAUGAAUAUCACUUAAAUUAAUCUUCAGUAUCAGGUGUUUCAAUAUCACUUGGACCAACCAAGCAAAACUUUGUGUUAUUCAGGAAUCUAGUCAAAAAGUUUAUUGAUGCUUUUUUUACAUCAAAAGGAACAACCAUUGUGAUAUGUGUUCUCAAUAGACAAAAACAAAUUGUCUAAUUUCUAAACUUAAACAAGUUUUCUCCGGUUAAAUAUAUUGAUGAAGUUGUAUACUGUUAUUGUGCCCCUUUCUUCUUGAUUAAGUGCAUAUUAUCAGAUGAGACUACAGAAAAAACAUUCUUGUAAAAUUUAUCCCAAUGUGUGUAUGUGUAUUACACUAUCUGGAAAGGGUAGAAUGUCUGCUAAGGGUGUAACCACACUAAUCUAUUGAUGUCGAUCAAUGCCAUCAAUUGAUGUCAAUCAACGCCAUUGAUCGACAUUGUCGAUUAUUGAACAAUGUUUUAUCGAAUAGUAUCAAUCAAUCGACAUUGAUCCAUGUUGAUCAAUAACAUUGAUCGACAAUAGUUUGAUUGGUGUGGUAACAAUCUAAGCCAGCUGGUUUAAGGUUAAAUGUCACCUACUCAUAAAUAUUUCAGUACAAAAGAUGCCUUAAUAUACAUUAAUACUUCUAACGAAUAAAAAAACACUACAAAUUUCUAUUAUAUGUUCUAUUGUUCUACUAGCACUUCCAUCAGAAAAUAUGUGUAAAUAUGUAAGUGUUUGAAAUAUAAUCUGCAUACUUCAUAAUCAAGGAUCAAACCUUAUUGAGUGCUUUCAUCUGUUCAUAAUAUGCAUAUACACUGUACUUACCAGUUGUAUUAUUGUUAAUGUUGAAAACAUUAAUGGUGAAUUAGCCUAAAUAGUGUGCUGAGUCUGCAUAUAAUUCAUAACUGUGGAUUUUUCAGUUUUAGUUCAUCAAUGUUAAGUUGAAGGGUUGAUUGAAGAUUUUUAAAUAGAAUUCAUACUCUACAUGCUGAUCUACUAUUCUGAAUACCUUCUCUACAUGAGCUUUACAUUCAGUUUUCACGAGGAAAUGUCUAUUCCCUCAUAUAUACAGUGAUAUUUAGUAGAAUUUAUGGCUAAACCCCCUUGGACCUUAUGGCUUGACUUCCUUCUUCUGUUAAAAAAUAUCAUCAGAUUUCAAUCAAAUUAAAUUCUCUUCAAUUUAACCCUGAAAAUAAGGACUUAGACUAGAUUUCUAGGUGCUGCAUUUGUGUUUUACAAAAACUAGUGACUACAGCAUUUAGUACUUAAUACAUUCUAUACACAAACAAAAUAAACCUAUCCUAUCCAUGUGGAUUUGUGUGUACAUAAUAAUAAAUGAAAAAAAUUGGUGAUGGUGAUUUCUGCAUGGCCCAUUCAUAAGAUACCCAUUUUAAAUUUUCUUUCAAUCAUGUUUUUCUUCAUUUCUCAUCCUUUCAACUUCUCAGGUGCAUUAUGUUCACUAUUUGUAAACAUCCUUUGUUUUAAUUAACACCACAAAUAACUAACAAAAUGAAUAAACAUCAUAACAGUCUGUAAUUAAAUGUGUGCAAAUAAUGCAGCAGUGACAGUGUGAAACUGUUUGACAUUGCAUUCAGAAACACUGUAAUUUGUUACAUCGGUUAUGGCAUUUUUAAAAUGUUUACAAAAUCCAUGUUUUUCAUUUUACAUGAUAUAUUAGUGCUACAUGAGGGAGCCAAGUAGUCGAUUGUUUACUUGGCGGUGUGCGACGAGGCGUUGUCGUGAUGAAGGAGGAUCCUACUGCGAGGUCGUUUCUCCCGAUCUUUUUCCAAGACAAGUGGCAAACAAUUGUUAGUGUAUCACUCUGCAGUAACUGUUUUUCGAUCCUCUAAAACAAUUGUUGCGUAAUGACCUGUCCAUCCGAAGAACGAGGCCACCAUCUUUUUUCCCACGCUUCGACCUCUCUUCACUUUAGUUGGUAACUCCUCGGAAGGAAACACCCAGACAGCAGACUGGCUCUUAGUUUCAGGAUUAUAACAAUAAAUCCAGCUUUUGUCACCCGUAAGUAUAUCGAAGACAGCAUUUGAGUCACCUCCGUUAAAUCUUUGAACUAUUUUACGACACCAAUCAACACGACGGAGUUUUUGGGCCUCUGUCAAAUUAUGAGGUAUCCACCGGGCACAAAGCUUCCUGACCGCUAAAUGUUUAUGGAGAAUUUUGUGCACUUGACUCAUACCGCUGCCUAAGCUUGUCCGAAUCUGCUGAUAAGUCACCCUUUUGUCAGUCUCUAUCAUACGCCAUACAACACUGAUGUUAUCUUCAGUCGUCGCCGUAGAAGGCCGUCGCUCACGCAGAUCAUCGGUGAGAUUAGUGCGACCACGUUUAAACUCAUCAAACCAGUUGAAAACAGUGGCACUAGAUGGGGCUUCAUCGUGAAAGGCCAAUCGAAGUCUACCAUAACUUUCUUGUUGACUUAAAUUACAUCGAAAGUCAUAAAAAAUCAUUGUACGAAAAUUUUCUCGCGUUAAAUUCAUGCUGACGUGACACAGACAAUUUUCAAUUUGCCGUCCAAUCGUAAAAAAAUGUCAAAUUAAUAAAAUACAUACACAAUAAUAUUGGCAUAGAGUUCCAUUUUCAAAAUUUGGACUUAUUUUUUUUAUUAUAUCGUUUACAAGUGGCCAUAUGUGGCGACGCUGUCGUCACACCACAAGCGAAACACAUCGAAGCCUAAAUCGCACUAACAAAGUUCCGAAGUUAAAGCAGCAUAAUAUAUAGAAUAGCUCCGGACUACAACCUGGAGCGUUGGCCGCUCCCCGGGCAGAACACCUUGCACGGCGGGAGAACUUCCCUUUUCCUUCCACCCGCCACAGUGGUGACCAACCGACGUGAUAUGAACACGCAACCAACAACCUUCAGAAACUACAACUUCAAAACCUUCGUCAUUGUCCUCAAGUACCCCAUUCAUUCGCUCCCGAGCAGAUAUUGUCUGCAGUCUUCACAUUCUGCAAGCCAAUCUAGCUUUACAAAGGUUCAUCGCAGCACUGGAAUAAUAAUGCUUCCUGUUCCUUCAAGCUACUCUCUGCGUUACAGUGUUCGGCACGGCUCUGAGCCUUACUGCUUGCCUUUGCUUCACGGCAUUCUCGCAGAUUACUUGCCUUCUUCUCGACUCACCGCAGACUACAAGGCAAUCCCUGGCACUUGCAAUCGGACUGCACUAUCGACCUCCGGUCUGAGCAGGGGGGUGAUGUGGCGGUGCUGUCGUCGCACCACAAGCGAAAAUUAUAUCAU